CAGGAAAGAAGACCAUAUUGCGUUCAUUGCUUACAUCAUGCACCCACAUAUUUCUAACCAUUCUAUUCAGAAUACUAUUGAGAUUACGUACAUUGAUUGGAAUCGGUUCUAAUAAGUCAUUGCUAACACAAGAAUAAUUCAGAAACCAUUAAAAUAUUAUGGACGACGAGUUAGAAGAUCGAAUUUUAUAUCAGACAUACGUAUCGCACAUGAAGCUCAUGUCAAAGUUUGCUGUAAGCAUCCCUGCGGGAUUAAAUGCUGGGAUUAACACUCCAUUAGGCUAUCUCUAUAGAAUCAUGCGGAUUUAUGCCUUAAAACCAGAGGUGCUGAUUUGCGGUCUCAUUCUGGCAAUUAUCCUAUUUUAUAUACAGGCUGUAGAUGUUUGGAGUAGAGCUCUUCUAGGAAGAAUUCAAUAUACCUUGGGACGUACUACAUCUAAGGUGUCUACAUUGAAAUUCUUAGUUAAUGACUCGGCAAAUCCUGGAGUAAAACUUAAUUGGGUAAAAAAAGAUCACAUUGCAGCAUAUGCUGUGCAAGGACAUAGAGCUCGAAUGGAAGAUCGUUUUGUAGUGAACGAAGACGUGAAUAAUACUGGGGUUUCCUUAUUUGCGAUAUUUGAUGGCCAUGGUGGAGAAUUUGCUGCCAACUAUGCUCGUGAUAAACUUAUCUCCAAUAUUAAUAAAAAAGUCAUUGAAUUGAAAAAUUUGCUAGCUGGCAAAACACCUACCUAUCAGAAUGAAUCGAACUUGAAUGAACCGGAGAAGAAGAAAGACGACAAUAAAAGAGACGAAAAAUUUCUUGUUGAUCGAAGGAAAUCUUUUCGAAAAGUUGCAAGUACAUCCUUGACGGAUGAUUGUAUGAAGAAAGCCGUUGAAGUAACGGAUCCAGAGUUACUCAAUAAAUUGGAAAGCAUAACACCAAUUACAAGAGAGGUCAGGCCAUGCAGGCCAAGUGAGAAGCAAAUGCCUAAAGUGAACUUGAUGAAUUACAUUGAAGGAAACAAAAUUAAUUAUGGUAGGCUUCUAACAGAUGAAGUUUUAGCAGCAGAUAGAUUAUUGUUAGAAACUGCCAAGAAAAAUAUGGAUGUAGCUGGUACAACUGCCUUAAUCGCUCUUUUGGAAGACAAUAAGUUAAUCGUAGCAAAUGUUGGAGACUCUAGAGGAGUGAUGUGUGAUGAAAAGGGCAAUGCUAUUCCUUUAUCCUUUGAUCACAAACCUCAACAAGUAUUUAUUACUUUUCAUAUUUAUUUAAUGUUAUUUUAAUGCGAUUAGGCAAUA